GAAGAAGAAACAGGGCACGGCUUGUCUCUUUAUAGCGGGUUAUAACGGCGCUGUCCGAGAACGACGCAACUGGUAUUUUUUUUUCUCCUUUUCUAAACAUCAUUUGCGUUUUCUCCUGUUAUAAUGACGAGGCUACCCGCUGUCUAACGACAAACCCCGGGGAGGAUACAGUCGUUUUGACGGUGCUGAGCGGAGAGCGGCGGCGGACAUUGCAGGGAUGGAGGGACCUGGAAAGCAGACGUCGUAGUGAGGAAGGCGGGCAGACAGAUAGACGCUAAUUUGAGAAGCAGCAGGUGUACGGAAGGAUAAAAGCAGCACCGGAGGGAACCUCAGUGUUCAUGAAACUUUGCUACGAUUUACGUGCUGGGGUUGCCGUCCGCCAUGUUAAGGUAAAGCCCAGGUACGCGGUGUUGACCAUGCUAAAGCGCCUGGACAGGAUCCGCUUCCGAGGCCCCAGGACGAGAGACGACUUCCCAGAUCUGGGCGAUUCGCCACCCGCCUCCGACAGUGAAUGUAACGACGACGUGCAGCUGAAGCCGAGAGCAUCUCUGCGGGAUGCAGAAGAUGUUCAGCGAGACCCUGCCGGUUCAGGGUCCCCCACGAUGGCAGCCGCCGUUCAGGACUUCCAGAGGUCAGAGUCAGAACGCCUCAGUGAAGUGAAAGGUCACUUGGAAAUUGCCUUACUUGAGAAACAUUUCCUACAGGAGGAGCUGAGAAAGUUGCGGGAAGAGACCAAUGUGGAUUCUCUACGGCAGGAGCUGGAGAGGGAGCGGAGUAAAAGGCUGGAUCUGGAGCAGAAGAUGAAUGAGGUCCUGAGAACGAGACUGGAGGACUCUCCACCUCAGCCCCCAAGGAAACAGCAGUCGCCCUCCAACAAUGGCACAGCAGAGAAGCAGCAGAAGGAGGUGUGGAGUUCACGGCUGCAGAAGUGGCUGUACGAGCGCUUCGGGGUUUACAUCGAAGACUUCCGCUUCCAGCCAGAGGAGAGCACUGUGGAGGCAGAGGAGCCGCUAAGUGCUAAAAGGUUGACAGAAAACAUGAGGCGACUCAAGCGAGGAGCCAGACCUGUCACUAACUUCUUAAGGAACCUCUCCGCCUUAUCCAACUGGCACUCGGUCUACACCUCAGCCAUUGCCUUCAUUAUUUACAUGAAUGCUGCUUGGCACGGCUGGGUGAUCCCCAUGUUCCUCUUCUUGGCCAUCAUACGCUUAUCUUUAAAUUACCUCAUUGCCAGAGGGUGGAGGAUCCAGUGGAGCAUUGUGCCUGAAGUUUCAGAACCCAUGGAGCCCCCAAAGGAAGACUUGACUGUGUCUGAGAAGUUUCAGCUUGUACUCGACGUUGCACAAAAAGCUCAGAACAUUUUUGGUAAGAUGGCCGACGUUCUGGAGAAGAUAAAGAAUCUGUUUAUGUGGGUGCAGCCUGACAGCACCCGGAAGCUUUACAUCUGCCUGUGGGUCGCUUUCGUCGUGUCCUGCGUCCUGCCAUACAAGCUGAUGGGUUUCAUGAUGGGAGUGUACGCCGGUAUAAAGUUCUUCAUCAUAGACUUCUUGUUUAAGAGCUGUCCAAAGCUUCGAGACAAGUAUGACACACCUUACAUAGUAUGGAACAGCCUCCCCACGGACCCCCAGCUCAAAGAGAGGACCAACGCCACCGUGUCACGGAGGCUCUCCUGCAUUGAGAAGGUUCAACCGGUGGUGUCUCGGAGCAGCCUAGCCACGGUACCCAGCGGUAUGAGCAGGGAAGACGAGGCAGGUCGCUCUCACAGCACCAAAAAGGGGCCCUUCCAUGAGAUCUUCAACCUGCCAGAAUCAGAGCGCCCUCUGGCGGUGUGUGAGAACGGCUGGAGGUGUUGUCUGAUAAACAGAGACAGGAAGAUGCCCACAGACUACAUCAGGAACGGAGUACUCUACGUGACAGAGAAUUAUCUUUGCUUUGAGAGCUCCAGCUCCAAAUCCAGCUCCUCCAAGAAAAAUAAAGUGAUCAAGCUGGAGGACAUCACAGACGUCCAGAAGUACAAAGUUCUGUCGGUUCUGCCAGGAAGCGGUAUGGGCAUCUCUAUAGCCACUCCGUCUACUCAGAAGCCGCUGGUGUUUGGUGCAAUGAUCCACAGAGACGAGGCGUUCGAGACCAUCUUCACUCAGUACAUGAAGAUCGUCACCACCUCCAAACCACCGACCAGCGCAGAGAUUUAGGCCGUCUGCUCUUCACUUCCACUCCUCCUUUUUUUGGGAGGGCAGCAGAAAACUGAAGCGGAGCGGCUUCUGAUUCCCUCAAACUCCUCCUGCUCUCUGGACGGAUGUCGGCUCCUCUUUGAAGGCUCCCAGUCCUGCUCCAGCAGAAGGACGCCGUUCAUCCUGCAGGGGAAGCUAACAGAGUGAGGAGUCGGAUGGGCGUAGCUCCUACGAGCUGCUGAGGAGCUGGAUCUCCUCUUCCACCUGAUUUUUUUUUUUUUUUUUUUUGUCCUGGCUUUCUGGUGUUGCAUGUGUGAGUGUGUGGUGUCAGCUACCAUAGGAAGCUUUCUCUAACCUGCUUCGAACUACCAGAUUGGAACCGGUGCCUGUUGGCUGAAACCCAACGAAACCACAGUUGUGAACGUGUUCAGCAGCCGUUUGUUUUCCUUAGUGUUGAACAUGUCCGCCUCCGACCAACAGAGCCUUUCUGUUAGUUUACAUCACCGUUCUUUGUUUUUUUUCUAAACACAUUUUAGCAGCGACAGAGCCGCCGAUGAAACCGGCUCGCAAACUGGAAAAAAAAAAAAAAAAAACCUUCUGCUUCUGUUUAAGUGUGCCGACUUGGAAAGUGACGUAAACGUUUUAAUUCUUUUAUUCUUUUGCCUUUUUAUUCUUUGAAAGUCUCUGUAAGAAACAGCCUUCUCUGGAUGCGUAGCUGGUAGACGAGCACAGCGCUGACUGCCAUUUUUUAGAUUUCUGGCACAGUUAGAGAACAGUGUUUAUGUCAGAGCUCUAGCUGUACGUGUCUGAAGAAAUCUAUUUUAAUGUUUAGCUGGUUUAUUUCAUGCACUUUACCAGAACUCCUAACUGGACUUGCUGGGAGGAAUGUUUGACUAUUAAAUCCUUCCAUAGCUGGUCAACAAAAUCAGGCACUUAGUCCCAUUAAAAAAAAUGUGCAAUUAAAUAAAAAAAAAAUCCUUAUUUUAUAUGUCAGUGUAAAACCCAGGCCUAUUUAUGGCUUCUGAUUUGUCGCUUGAGCUGUUUUUGGGUUUGUAGCAGUUAAAAGUUAUGAUGAUAAUCUACAAUAGUGCCUCACAAAAGUAUCCAUAAUGCAGUUUUAGGUCCGUCCCUACCGUGCUUCUCCAUUAGCUUCCACCUUUUGAAUGUAGGUCAAAAAGCAGCUUCUUAAAUGUUAAACCUGGACACUUCCUGGUUUUUUCUUUUAACCCCCUGGUGCUCAUUGUUCUGUAAAAGCCGGAUCUGUGAAAUGAACAGUUAUCUAGUCCCACCCGAGCUGCAGAUGUCUGCAGCUCCUCUCUUCUGAGAUACUUUUGUCAGGCACCACAGCUGCUUUUCUCUCCCUCUAUCUGCAAUGUCACAGAUACAGCUGAGAUUUCUAGCUGUAGUCAAAGGUCUAGGCUUAAACAAAUCUUUAGUAUCACUGUAUUUUUGAAAUUUCCCAAGAUUAAAGCAGGUCUUUGCUCUCGGGGAACGGCUUAAUCUGUGUUUUAAAUUGAAUGCCAAACUAAAAGACACUUUCUGGUGUUUUAGUGAGCAGAAUGCAGUGAUGGACCGGAGGAUUAUCUUUGGAGUUUUAGUGUGACUGAUAUGAGAUAUAGAGUAGCUCUAUAAAACUCUCCAGCGACCUAACUUUCCUGUAUGUCCUAAACACUGUUCAAAGGGGAAGCCUUGACAUUUACUUUUUUUUUUAUUUCUGACUGAUUAUGGUCUGCUUUAAACGGACUGUCUCAGAUCCACUAAACUGCCCUCACACUAGAAAUGUCAAGGUUUCUCCUCAAUCCUAACUCCUCCUGUUCUCCUCCAUCUGACUCAGCUGAGCUGGAUAUGAAGCUGCCUGAACUGCAGCAGACCGGUUCGGUCCGUUUUAGAGUGAGAAGAAUGUUUAUGUUUUUACUUUAGAAUCUGUUCACUGUGCUGAAUCAUGAGAAGGCUGUUCUCAAAUAUAGCAAAGAAUGUACUAUAUGAUAGAGCCUUCCCUUCCCUGAAACUAAAAGGUUCACUUCCCAGAACUUUUUACACGUUUCUCAU